AUGUCGAUCAAAGGAUGUCAAUGUGCUAGAAAUGUAGAAGAUAAAGAAGCAAUUCAGUGCUUUCAAUGUCAACUUGCUUUUCACCAGGACUGUGUCGGAAUAAGUAAAUCAGCUUUCAAGGUUAUCAGUUCCGUGCCUAAUAUUAAGUGGUAUUGUGAUGAAUGCAUGAAACUACUUCCUGACGUAAAGUCAUUAAAUAAAGCUGUGCGUAAUAGCAAUGAUGCGCUCAACACUAAAAUUGACAAAAUUGAUGAAUCGAACAAUAUGUUGAAGAGCGAACUUGAAGCUAUCAAAAGUUUAAUUCAGAGAAAUGUUGAUGGAGCGGAAAGAUUCGAUGGCACAAUUUUGAGUACCGAGCUGUGUAACCUAAAAAACGAUUUGAGCAAAUGUUUUGCUGAUGCUGUCCGAUGCGAAGUGAAGAAAAAUAUUGAACAAGUUAAUGAUGAGAGAAUAACAAUGAUGUUCAAUUUGCAAGAAACUGAUGAUGAUAAAGAUAGAAUCAAAGGAAUUUUUAAAAAGUUAUCCAGUGAAGUCAAGGAUUUAACAGUUGAUCAGCGUGUCGAGUUUUUUAUUCAAGAUGAGGGGAAGGUGGCGGAUUGUCAAACUCAGAGAGCAUCCGGUGAAGUGAUUUCUGGUGAAGGUAUUGCUGAUGAUGCUAGUGGUGGAAGUUUGUUCAGUUGUGGUGAUUAUGAUAGUUGUGGUUGUGGUAUUUGCAGUGGUGGAGAUGGUUGUGGAGGUAACGAUAGCGGCAGUGGUAAUGAUGGUGGUAUUUGCGAUGGUGGUGAUGGUUGUAAUGGUAACGAUAAAGGUGGUAGUAACGAUCGUGAAGUUACCAAAAAAGACACAGAACUAAAACUGCAAUUAGGGCCGUUCAAUUCAUCUUCCGCUGAUACCCUGUUAGAUUUGUUUAAUUCUGAAAUCGUGAGGAUUGUGGAUAUCGUUGCUCCUUGUCGUUAUGUCAAAUCUACUCAUGUACCAUCUGCCCCCUUGGUUUGA